UCAUUCCAGCAUCGCAAAGCAAAGGCACACACAACACAAGUGCUUAGCCACAAAGCUUAGGCAGAAUCAAACACAGUGCAAUGGAGGGAACCAUGAAGAACGGCGCCAGGGCGAUCAAAGGCAAGGUGGCGAUGGCGUACUCCAAGUACGCCGGCAAGGCCCAGGCCAAGCCUGCCCUGAGCACUACAGCACACGCCUACCAGCCAAGGUACCCUUUUUCCAUUGACGCCACCGCGAGCGCCCCCUACGCCGCGGCUGAUGAUGUCGACGAGAGGGCCUCGGCGUUCAUACUGUCCGUCCGAGAGCGCUUCAAGAACGAGCAGACGAUGAUGAGUUAGAUGAGCUCCGUCGUGGCCCGUCAGGUCGGUCCAGGCUCCGGGAGAGGUUUUAUAUUUGAUGGAACAUCUUCUGGGUAGCCAUGGAUAUAUACAUACAUGUCUCUAAGUGGCACACCAUGUACUUUUCCUUUUUUUCCCUCUCCUUUUGUAACUUCAGUUUGACCAUAAGAGUGGAAGAAAGGGAUGAUAACAUAAUCCCCAUUUCCGAAAAAAAAAACGCUGGGAUGUGAAUACGAUCCUUCAUCAAAGUGAAGUUUGUGUGCCGUUCAUUGUUGUUGGCCCCACAGUUCAUCUCGACCGUGUAAAGAAUCUUAAAUUUCAAUUCCUUUUUUAUGUCGC